GUUCACUUCACCUGUAGGCCCAACGAACACAUGCGCACUACUAAUGCGCAAUUGUUUAAACCACUCCGGACCUUAAAGGAGAUCAUAUGGCCUAACCAAGGGAGAAGGAGAGGAAAGUGCAGGUUGCAGAAAUCAAGGAAAAUGAAUUCUGCAAAUCUCCAGCUGGCAGGAAAGAUAGUUUCACAGUCAUAUGCUCAACAAGCAGCUGAUGCUAAGGCAGGACUUGAGAACAAGAUAAAGUUGCUUCUGGAACAGAGAAAGCUUCCUGCUGAAGGUUGGGAUGAUUUUACAAUCGAAUAUUUGCUGAAUGAAAUGGCUCUAAUGGAUAGCAAUAAUUUUUCAGGCAAUGUUGGCAUUGGAGAGAGGGAGGCCAGGUUUGCAUCCCGACUUGUAGCAAAACGGCAUUAUUAUCUUGGUCAUGGCAUUGGAAGGUCUGGUGAUAUUUCAGAAGUUCAGCCAAAAGCUGCUGGAUCUUCGUUGAUUUCAAAAUUGACCAAUUCUUUUGUACUGGACAUUUUGCAUGCAACAGGUGCACGUCAUGUCCAGCACUGUUUAGUUGUUCCAGUUGCAACCGGUAUGGCAUUGGUUCUCACAAUGCUGUCUUUGAAGGCAUUGCGCCCUCAUGCAAAGUAUGUCGUAUGGCCAAGAAUUGAUCAGAAGUCAUGCUUCAAGUCAAUAUUAACAGCAGGUUUUCAACCAGUGAUCAUACAGAAUGUCCUUGUUGGCGACGAACUAACAACAGACCUCGGCGAGAUUUCCAAUCAGGUCAAAAAAAUCGGUGCUGAAAAUGUUCUAUGUGUUAUGUCAACCACUAGCUGCUUUGCCCCAAGAGUUCCUGACAGGGUGGAAGAAAUUGCCAUAAUAUGCAAAGACUUUGACAUCCCUCAUAUAAUAAACAACGCAUAUGGAUUGCAGUCCUCGAAAUGCAUGCAUAUCAUAGACCAGGCUUCUCGCAAAGGCAGAGUAGAUGCGUUUGUUCAAAGUACUGACAAGAAUUUUAUGGUUCCUGUCGGAGGAUCAAUUAUAGCUGGACAUGAUGAAAGCUUCAUCGACGGCAUCAGCAAAACAUAUCCUGGGAGAGCAUCUGCCAGUCCAACCAUCGAUCUUUUUAUUACUUUACUAAGCUUAGGUGUAAACGGAUACAAAAAUCUGUUGGCAGAGAGAAAAGAAAGCUACAUAUUAUUGAUGUCUGAACUGGACACUGUUUGUCGGACAUACGAUGAAAGGUUGCUAGACACGAAGCAUAACCCCAUAUCUCUUGCUAUAACUCUGGAUAACUUGGUACCUGGGGCUUCCUUUGAGCGGAACAGUUUAACCGAAUUCGGUUCGAUGCUGUUUAAAAGAUGCGUCAGUGGAACAAGGGUGAUUGCAGCUGGUGAUUCCAAGACAAUUGGCUCUUACACAUUUGAGAAUUGGGGAUCCCAUUCAAAUAAUUACCCUUUCUCAUACAUGACUGCUGCUGCGGCCGUUGGACUCCAGCGAAGCGAGAUUGACGUUUUUGUAAAGCGAUUAAACAAAAUUUUUUCAAAAUUAAAAAGAAAAAAUACGAAAGGAGAGAACUCAAGAGAACAGUAUGGUGAUGCCGAUGUAUCUUGAGCGAAACAUGCUUUUUUUAUAAGCUUUUCAAGAGCUGUUUGCUGUUGUGCCAAUGUCAGUGUCUCUUCUCACAUAUGAUAUCCUAAGACAAUGAGAACUGAUGAUACAGUUUGGCGCCAAAUGAUUCGUAUAAUGAGAUAUUGGUCUGUGAGAAAGAUAUGCUAUAAUAGAUGAUUCUAACAGUAUUAAGUAAAUAGUGGUUCUGAUUACAAGCAAAAUACCUCCUUUUUUAUAAAUUGCAGCAUGGCCAGGCUACCCUGAUUAAAUUAAUGUUUUAACAAACUA